UCUGGUGAAGGUUUGGAGGGGCUUUGACUUGAGGGAUCCCAGCCCCGAGCCCCCCGUUAUCCCGAGGUUUUCCGGCUCUGACCUGCAUUCCCACAGAUGCCACGGUGUACGUGGGGGGCCUGGACGAGAAGGUCAGCGAGCCCCUGCUCUGGGAGCUCUUCCUGCAGGCCGGGCCCGUGGUCAACACGCACAUGCCCAAGGACCGGGUCACGGGCCAGCACCAGGGGUACGGGUUCGUGGAGUUCCUGAGCGAGGAGGAUGCCGACUACGCCAUCAAGAUCAUGAACAUGAUCAAGCUCUACGGGAAACCCAUCCGAGUGAACAAGGCCUCCGCCCACAACAAGAACCUGGACGUGGGCGCCAACAUCUUCAUCGGCAACCUGGACCCCGAGAUCGACGAGAAGCUGCUCUACGACACCUUCAGCGCCUUCGGGGUCAUCCUGCAGACCCCCAAGAUCAUGCGGGACCCCGACACGGGCAACUCCAAGGGCUACGCCUUCAUCAACUUCGCCAGCUUCGACGCGUCGGACGCGGCCAUCGAGGCCAUGAACGGGCAGUACCUGUGCAACCGGCCCAUCACCGUGUCCUACGCCUUCAAGAAGGACUCCAAGGGCGAGCGGCACGGCUCGAAACAGGGGCUGGUGCAGCUCCUUGCUGCAGGUGGGAUUUUGGGAAUGCAGCCGGCAUGGCCGAGCGGUCACCGACCCCUGGGGACAUCGGCCACCUUCGGCCCGGGCCGUGUUUGUGUUCAGGACUUGGCUGGGCCCCAGGAGGGGAAGCUGUGA